AUGGCCACCAGCAGAGCAGAGGAGCCUCAGCGGGGCUGGCCACAGCUCCUGCUCCCCGUGGCCAGUGUGGAGGAAUCUGAGGGCAUCCGGGGCAUCGGCCGAGAGCUGAGAGCAGCAUUUACUUAUUCCCAGAACAGCCUGAGUCUAAUGGCACGCUCACUGGUGAAAGACCGGGGCACACUGUUCCUGGGGAAAGGGGCGCUGCCAGCUCUGGAGCUGGAGCAGGGAAGAGGGGACCAGUCCUGCAAUAGCUCAGAGCCCCCAGGGGGAUCUCCUCCACCCUCCACAGCCGAGGGCGAAGGUCUGCAGCCUUUGGGCAUUCCAAGUUCUCCAACUCACACCAUAGUGGCCCACUCCUUGCUGCUGUCCCCACCCUCAGGCACAGCCUCACAGGGGCAAACAGGGAGGGAAUUCUGCAAUGUGCUUCUCAGCCGCCUCUUGCUGGAGACGGCAAAGGGUGAGCGCGAGGCCACGCCACCAUGGUCUCUGUCCUGGUAUAUCCAGAAGUAUGUGUCAUGGAUUCUGAGGAUUAGGAAAGAGAGAACAGAAACUGGUUGCUGCAUCCCAGAUGAAGAUAUUCCUCAGAGGAAGAGACAUUUUGUCCACGGAACACGGAUCCGCUUGUGGCCCCCCAGCAGGGUGAAGCCCACGUAUCCCAAUGACGUUUCCAACAGGGUCAUCAUGGAGGUGGUCCCCUGUGUCAGCUUGGAAGAGGAAGACGAAGAUUCUGUCGUCGGGAAGGUGGAAUCCUCCGACAAGGAAAACAUCACCCUGGAGGACUUGAUGGAUCCCUUCCAUCCUCAUAGAAGAUCAGAAGAAUCCAUCGAAUACCCGAGUUGGAAUGUCCAGAGGCAGUGGGACUGGAGUAGCGAUGAGGAAAACUGUGAAGGCCACUCCAUCUCCGUCACCGCCCUAGUGCACACAGAAGCAUGCUUGUCUGACACCACGGAGGAGGAGGAGAAGGCAGAAGCAGCCAUGAGAUCCCAGGAUGACAUCAGCAAGGAGGGUGGACCCGUGGCCGCGAAGACGGAAGCUGCUGCUCUGUGA